UAGAAAAGUGCCUUUUGCACAAACACUGGAAGAAUUAAAAGAUAGUGUCACCUACUGAGGCACACUGUUGUGAUUGAUAUUCAUUCCUUGGAGACAGUGUGCAUCUGAGGAGCCAGAAGGCUUAGGAUCAUUCUCUUGUACAGAAGCUCAGAACAAAAUGGAGAAAGACAAGAACCUGCUUCUCAAGCAAAAUCAAGCAACUGAAGGAAGUCUAGCUUCCCCUUUGCCGUUUAACAACCAGGACUUUGUUAAACUGCAAAACUACUGCUUGCGUAAGGGCCUACUUUUUGAAGAUGAUACAUUCCCAGCAAAUAGUCAUUCCAUUGGACUUAAUUUGCUUCCACAAGAGAAACUGAGAAAAGUACAGUGGUUGAGACCACACGCAUGGGCCAGAAAUCCAUGUUUAUUUGUGGAUGGAAUAAACCAAUUUGAUAUUCUUCAAGGACAAAAAAUAGGUGACUGUUGGGUUUUAGCAGCUCUGGGUGCUUUGAUCCAACAACAGCGGUUCCUGAAAAAUGUGAUUCCUAUAGACCAAGAAUUUAAUCACACUUAUGCAGGAAUCUUUCAUUUUCAGUUCUGGUAUUUUGGAAGCUGGGUUGAUGUGGUGAUAGAUGACCGUCUGCCUUUCGUGGAUGGAAAUUACUUAUCAGUUCAUCCCAGGAGCACAAAUGAAUUCUGGCCACCUCUGCUUGAGAAAGCUUAUGCCAAAUUGCGUGGUUCUUAUGAGAAGUUGCACUACGGCCUUAUCUCAGAAGCUUUCGUAGAUCUCACAGGUGGGGUCCAGUUUGAAUUCAAUCUUGGAAAUCUUACUGAUCAUUUGUUUGAAAUAAUGAAAACUGCUGCUUUGUCAGGCUGUCUAAUGGCAUGCACCACUCCUCAAAGGAAAAAGCCGGAUAACGAAGUAUUGGAAAAUGGAAUUGUGCAGCAACAUGUCUAUGCUGUUAUAGAUGCCACAGAGGUUCCUUACAUGUACAGGAAAGAAUGUCUAAUCAAACUCUGGAAUCCGUGGGGCACUGUGGAAUGGAAUGGAGCUUGGAGUGAUCAGUAUGAUGUUGCAAUCUUUUAAUUUCUUAAGAAGGAUGACUCCCUUGAGGUCUUGGAAUGAGAACACUCUUUAAGAGUUAGCAUGUAGGGACUUGGCAUAAUAAUACUGCUGCAAGAACUAAUAUUGCAACCCAAGGGUCGGCAUUUCAUGCUCUAUAUUAAAAUUCAAGGCAUCCCUAGGCAUUUCCA